CAACAGGUUCCCCCCCCCAUCCUGGCACCAUCCAGGGUCCCCCCAGAAGCAGUGAUGGAGAAGGACCCCGACUGCUGCCAGGAUGGGGCCAAGACAGUGCCAGGUGCCGGGCUGGGCACUGAGGGGACAGAGACACAGCUGGACGAUUUUGUGGGUGCUCACCCCGACUACAAUGAGGAGGAGGAGGAGCAGAAGUACUUCCGCCGCAAGCGUCUCGGCGUCAUCAAGAAUGUGGUGGCCGCCAGUCUGGCGGGCACCCUCACCUACGGCGUAUACCUGGGUAUGGGCACGUCCCAGGGGUCCCCAAAACAAUCCAGGGUGCUCAGAGCACGCGGUGACCGCCCCUGGACCCCCCGCAGGCCUGCUGCAGAUGCAGCUGAUCCUUCACUAUGAUGAGACCUACCGGGAGGUGAAGUACAGCAACAUCCAGCUGGAGGACAUCGACCACAAGGUGCUGAUGGGCAUCAACGUCACGCCCGUGGCGGCGCUGCUCUACACACCCAUCCUCAUCAGGUUUUUCGGCACCAAGUGGGCCAUGUUCCUGGCGGUGGGCAUCUACGCCCUCUUCGUCUCCAGCAACUACUGGGAGCGCUACUACACCUUGGUGCCCUCCGCUGUGGCCAUCGGCAUGGUCAUCGUGCCCCUCUGGGCCUCCAUGGGCAACUACAUCACGCGGAUGGCCCAGAAGUACUACGAGUAUGUCAACUACAAGGAGGAGCAGGAGAGGGUGCGGGCACCGCGGGACGCUUGCAAUGCCUACAUCAUCAUCUUCCAGACCAUCUUCUACUCCUGCUUCCACGUGAGCGCCAGUGGGAUGGGCGGGAUGGGCAGGGGGGGCCGCACCGGCAGCGCUGAGCCUGCCCCCCCUCUACAUCUCGUAGUUGAGCUUCGUCUGCGCUCAGAUGCCCAUGGUCUUCUUCCUCAACAACUACCUGUACCAGCUCAACCACACGCUGUUCGCAGUGAAGCACUGCGGGACCCUGAGCCACGGCACGCUGCCCGGCUUCAACAAGACAGUGCUGCAGAGCCUGCCCCGCAGCGUCAACCUCAUCGUGGUGGAGAGCGCGUUGAUGGCCGCCGCCUUCCUCGCCAUGCUGGUGGUGCUGGUGCUGUGCGGCGCCGCGUACCGGCCCAUGGAGGAGAUCGACAUGCGCAGCAUCGGCUGGGGGAACAUCUUCCAGCUGCCCUUCAAGCACAUGCGGGACUAUCGCCUGCAGCACCUCCUGCCGCUGUUCAUCUACAGCGGCUUCGAGGUGCUCUUUGUCUGCACCGGAUUCUCCCUGGUAGGACCUGGGAUGGGGUGGGAGGGGUGAGGGAGCGGGGCCGCGUGACACUGAGCCCGCCCUCGCUGCAGAACUACGGCGUGUGCACCCUGGGGCUGGAGAAGUUGGCAUAUCUCCUCAUGGCCUACGGCUUCUCUGCCUCGGCGUGCUCCAGCCUGGCCCUGAGCAUGCUGCGCCUGCGCCGGCAAAUCCCGCUCCUGGCUGGGGCUGUCAUCCACGCCGGACUCCUGGUGCUGCUCUUCUGCUGGGCGCCAGAGCCCCGGCAGCAGGCACAGGCACCGCUGCUCUACAUCGUCGCCGCACUCUGGGGCAUGGGCAGCACCCUCAACAAGACCGGAAUCAGCAUCCUCCUGGGAAUGUUGUACAAGAACAAGGAGCGCCAAGACUUCAUCUUCACCAUCUACCACUGGUGGCAGGCCCUGGCCAUCUUCGCCGUCUACCUGUCAUCCGGGCUGCCCAUGAAGGUGAGCCCCAGGUGCGCCCCAGCCCAGCCCUGGGACGUUCCAAGCUCUCCGGAUCCCAAACCUCGCUGUGCCGCAGGCCAAGCUGUCCAUGCUGCUGCUGACGCUGGUGGUGGCGGUGGGGACGUACCUGUGGAUGGAGCGGAAGCUGGCGCGGCGCGUGGAAUACCGGCUGCCCCGCCUGCCGCGCCCACGCCACAAGCCCUGCGGGUACCGCUACCUGGAGGAGGACAACUCGGACGAGACCGGCUCCGAGGACGGCGGGGACCAGCAGGACGGCAGGGAGAGCCCGGCAGGGGCUGCCCGCGGGGACGAGCAGCCCACAGAGGACGGGGAGCAGCUGGGAUAGACACAGCCCGGCCCCGCCCCGCCCUCAAGCGCCGAGCGGGGCCAUUGCCCUCCCUGGGGAUGCCCAAACCCCCCCCAGUGGGCCUCAAACCCCCCUCAGGUCAGGCUUGCAGCCCCCCCAGCAAAGCAGCCCACAGCGCCCCCAGGUCAGGUCCACAGGCCCCCAGACUGACCUGCAGCCCCCCAGAGAGGCUCACAGACCCCCAGACUGUGGUACAGACCCCCAGGCAGACCCGCGGCCCUGCAGGUCAUGCCCACAGUCCCCUAAGCUGGGGUGCAGCCCCUCAGACAGAACCACAGCACCCCAGCCCAACCCUGCAGCCCCCCCAGGCAGGCCGACAGCCCCCCCAGGGCAACCUUGUACCCUCCUAGGCAGACCUACAGACCAGGGCCACAGACCCCCUUGCUAAACCUGCAGCCCCCCCCGCCAUUGUCCUGCAGCCCCCAAGGCAGACCUGCAGCCCCCCGGACCGACCCCACAGCCCCCCUUGCUAAGUCUGCAACCCCCAUGCCGACCUCAGAGACGGCCCCCCACACUCCUCUCCAUCGCAACUCUGAGCCCUCCCACCCCCCUUUUCCCUCAAUAAACCCCCUCCCUCUGUCCGUUCCGC